AUGUCCGGCGCCAACGGCAACAACUCGGCGCCUCGCGUGCCGUCAUUUGCGCCCGGUUCGACACCGAGCUAUUCACUGCCACCACAUCCAUCUACCACCAACUCGCAACGGCAGCAGAGUCCUGCAUCGCACGCAGCAGCCUCCACCCUGGCUGCUCUCGCUUCCAGUCCGCCCGCUAGCCACAGCACGCCCACUCCUCGGAAUCCGCAAGACUCGACAUCCUUGGCUUCCUCGUCGACAGCGCAAAACGCGCGCCCCACCCAGGCAUCCACGUUGAAGCAAAGCUUGUACUCGAAUGCGCCGUCUUCAUCCUCGAAGGCUGCUGUCGCCGCGACCAGUAAAUCGCCGUCCGGCUCUCCGCUCAAGAAGGAACUCGACAUGAACUCCAAGACGGCUCCAUUCCCCGCCUCUACUUCCACGCCAACCAAAACUGCGUCCUCGACCGCAGGAGGCCCUGCAUCGACGUCAAAGGAGUCCAGUGCAAGCAAGCGCAAGAAGGCCAACCGAGCCUGCCUCCAUUGCCAGAAGGCGCACCUAACCUGUGACGAUUCGCGGCCAUGCAUCCGCUGCGUCAAGAAGGGGCUGGCAGAUUCGUGUAUGGAUGGCCACCGCAAGAAGGCCAAGUAUCUGCUGGAUGAUGACGAGCUGGAAGAGCUCAAACGCCAGAAGGAUGCCAAGAAAGCGGCCAAGCAGGCAGCCCAGAAGACCAGCACUGCCUCGAAGCAGCAACAGGCGUCCAAAGCAUCGCGGCAGGACACGGCUUCGACAGCACAGCAGGCCUCUACGUCUCCUCCUGAAAGGGCAUCGGCGGUCAGCAACAUCUUUGAUCAGAUGACAGGUGGUAUCCCAACACCAAGCUCCUCUGGCCACGGUCCUUCUCCGCAUCAGCACGAUUACCUUUCGAGUAACACGUUCGACUCUUCCAAUGGCGGCGACAUUGCUGCUUCGAACAGCAAUGGCAAUGCGCCAAUGGACCUUUCGUUCGACCCCUCGACUCACAAUUUUGGCAGUGAGGCGACGAGUCUCGAGUAUUCCAUCCUGUCUUCCAUGCUCAAUGGUACCGAUCUGCAGCUGCUGGGUCCAACCGGAGCAAGUCCCGACUUCCAGACCUCGCCUGCAGUCGGCGUGAUGGAUGGAUGGAACAUCGCCAGUGGAGGGCUGGAUGCGAUUCUCAACCUCGGCAUGCAGCAGAACCAGAUCCCGGGCGCCGGCGGCAUGGACACGGCAGCAGCGACCUACAGCGACACGGCGGGCAUGAACGCAUACGCAGACACGCAGCCCAUCACCGGACUGAGCGAAGUCGGUGGAGAUGGAGCCUUCAAUGCGCUCGAAGUGCCUAGUCCCAAGCCGGCGAUGAUGGAGGAGCCUACCAUCCUCAGCGAAGCACAGCAGGGCAGCAGCAACAACCAAGUCGACCUGGGCUCCUCCUCGCAGCGCUCCACAUCGAACGAACCCGUUGCGGACAUCAACAAAGCCAUCGCCUCUCGUCGCGUCGCCCGUCAACAACAGGACACGAUCUGGCGCGCACGCAUCGCCAAAACCUAUCGCGACAACACGGCCCCUUUCCCUUACCCCGAGGGCUACCACUUCCUCAUCAAAUACGUCACGUCCAAGUUCGAAAAGCAAGAUGUGCUACGCAUCGUUCGAGCGCUGGCCAUCUUCCGACCCUCGCUCAUUGCUCUCCAAAUGCCUCUGACCGAGGAAGACGAGUCGUUCGUCGAGCGUUCCUUCCAGCGCACAAUGUUGGAGUUUGAAAAGCUCAUCAGCUUUUCCGGCACGCCGACGGUGGUCUGGCGCCGUACGUGUGAGAUCUGCGUCGUCGGGGCCGAGUUCUGCAUGCUCACCCAGUGGUCUAAGGACCAGCUGAUGGGGAGACGGAUCUACGAGUUUAUGGAUAAGAACUCGACCUUGGACUACUGGGAGAAGUUUGCAUUGCAUGCGUUCGAAAAUACCACGCAGAGCGUCAUGACGACGUGCACGCUGGUCAAGCCGGAUGGCAAGCUGGUGCCGUGUGCUUGGAGCUUCACGAUUAAGAGGGAUAUCUUUGAUCUGCCCAGUUUGGUGGUGGGGAACUUUCUGCCGAUAUUGUCGUAG